CAUCGAUUUUCCACACCACGGCGCCACAAAGCCAGGGACUCUCUCAUCUCUGCCUCCCGCACGCAAAAAUGGAGGCUCUUUCUGGAGAGUUGGAGAAGCUGCGCCUGAGCUACAGUUCAGUAAACGACGACAAAGGCUGGAUAGACUCUGUUGCAGGCGAACAGCGACCGCCGAAACGACAGAGAAAGACGAAGGAAGCCAUCAAGAAAGAACUGGAGCACGAGUUUCUGACCCCUUCACGCUCGUUCAACACACAGUGGUUGAACCAGUUGCAGCAACGAUGGGAAACACCGACCAAUUACCGUGGCCUGUUCCAGAUCGCCCCAACUCAGACCCGCACCAUCAUCCGCUUCACGCGUGAGGGUCUUGAAGGUCGCGUCACGGGAUAUAAGGAGGUUACGGUUCCUGCGAACUCAGCAACCGCUAAGAACUCCACGUCACUCUUGAGGAAACCUGCCAACAGAGCCGAGUUUGUCCGUGGUGCAGCAGGCUUCUUCCCAUUUGCACCGGGAGGUCUUGAUGGCGUCGAGGCCAUCGCUGCAAUCGAGGAUGAAGCAAUUCUCCGACAAGAUGGUGCUAAUGUGAAAAAGACCGGAGGGCUUGAUCGGGUGAUCAACUUCAGCGCUGAAGGUGGCCUUCUGGAGAUCCCACCAGGCUUCACGCGUGGCUUAGACUUCAAGCAGAAACCAGCUGCGGAUGGGAAGACUGUUAAAGAGGUGGAAGAUACGCUUGGCGAAGCUGCGGCCCCUGUCAAAGAUGUCGAAGUGGAUGAUGAUGAGACUGCAGAUGGUAUUGAAACCAACGGAAUUGAGGGACAAGAUGUCGAAGGCCAAACCCCUGGAGAAGAAGAGAUCGAUGCACUGCUACCUGUCGAAUUCCCAGCCCUAGCGCCUCACACCCAGCUCGCCAUGGCUAACGGGAAAGGCGGGCGAGAGUGGGCUCACAUGGUUGAUGUCAACCGAGACAUUACGAACUUCAAAGAGCUUGUGCCUGAGAUGGCGCGCAGGUAUCCCUUUGAGCUGGACACCUUCCAGAAAGAAGCUGUUUACCACCUCGAGAACGGUGAUUCUGUCUUCGUUGCAGCCCAUACGUCUGCUGGUAAGACGGUGGUUGCCGAGUACGCCAUCUCGCUCGCUGCAAAACACAUGACUAAAGCUAUUUACACCUCGCCUAUCAAAGCUUUGAGUAAUCAGAAGUUCCGUGACUUCCGUCAAACAUUCGACGAUGUUGGUAUUCUUACCGGAGAUGUACAAAUUCGACCUGAGGCUAGCUGUCUCAUCAUGACUACGGAGAUUCUUCGAAGUAUGUUGUACCGUGGAGCCGAUCUCAUCAGAGAUGUCGAGUUUGUCAUCUUCGAUGAGGUCCACUACGUCAAUGACUUGGAGCGAGGUGUAGUCUGGGAAGAGGUCAUAAUUAUGCUUCCUGAGCACGUCACCCUCAUUCUGCUUUCAGCCACCGUUCCCAACACUUAUGAAUUCGCCUCUUGGGUCGGCAGAACCAAGAAGAAGGACAUAUAUGUCAUUUCGACACCUAAGCGUCCUAUUCCUCUUGAACAUUACCUCUGGGCAGGCAAGGGGAUGCAUAAGAUCGUCUCCGCAGACAAGAAAUUUAUCGAUAACGGCUGGAAAGAUGCCAACGAUGCUCUCUCUGGAAAAGACAAAGUCAAGGCACCACCUGUUGCUAAGGAUGCGCCCGCAGGAAGAGGAGGCGGCGGUCGUGGUGGUCCACCUGCAAGAGGAGGGCAGAAUCAGCGUGGACGAGGCCAACAAAAUGGCGGUCGUGGUGGUGCCGGUGGUCGUGGCGCAGGUCCACCAGCUGCUAGAGGUCGGGGCAACAUUGCCAGGACAGGCCGUGGUGGAGGCCGAACAACAGCUGCUCAAGAUCGAAACAUUUGGGUACAUCUCAUUCAGCACCUGCGCCAGAAGGAGCUACUUCCAGCUUGUAUCUUCGUAUUCUCGAAGAAGCGUUGUGAAGAGAAUGCCGAUGCGCUUUCAAACAUCGAUUACUGCACCGCUGCAGAGAAGAGUGCUAUCCAUAUGACCAUCGAGAAGUCUUUGGCCAGACUGAGCCCCGAAGACCGAGACUUGCCUCAGAUCAAGAAGCUAAGAGAGCUGCUCAGCCGAGGUAUCGCCGUCCAUCAUGGUGGCAUGUUACCUAUUGUCAAGGAGGUCGUCGAGAUCUUGUUCGCAAAGACGCUCGUCAAGGUCCUCUUUGCGACAGAAACUUUUGCCAUGGGUCUCAACCUGCCGACUAGGACUGUAGUCUUCUCUGGUUUUCGCAAACACGACGGUAGAGAGUUCCGUGAUUUACUUCCCGGCGAGUACACACAGAUGGCUGGUCGCGCUGGGCGGAGAGGUCUCGACACUGUUGGUACGGUGAUCAUUUGCGCGCCAGGAGCCGACGAAGCGCCACCAGCAGCGAGACUCCGACAAAUGAUGCUGGGCGAACCAACGAAGCUGCGAUCGCAGUUCAGGCUCACGUAUAACAUGAUGUUGAACCUGCUACGCGUCGAAGCUUUGAAGAUCGAGGAAAUGAUCAAGCGCAGCUUCAGUGAGAACGCCACCCAAGCACUACUACCAGAACAUGAGAAGAAAGUCAAGUUGUCAGAAGCUGAUCUGGAGAAGGUCAAGCGCGAGCCUUGCAAGAUCUGCGAUAUUGAUCUGGAAGCGUGUCACCAGGCCUGUGAAGACUACAAGCGCUUGACGAACGAGACACAUUUAAGUCUUCUUGGCAACCCGUUGGGACGUCGCGUGCUUAGCAAGAACCGACUCAUUGUCUAUAAGAAGGACAACAUGCGAACGGUAGGUAUGCUUCUUCAGGAUGGACCCAGUAAAGGCAAUGAGCCUACUGUCAAGGUCCUGGAGAUUGCACAGAACCUGGAGCGAAAGCCUGAUGACCUGCUUCCCUAUGUUGCUGAAUUCGCGAGGUUCUUUCGCACCUUGCCAACAAAUCCGAAGGACAUGAUCCUAAAGACUUCGUAUAUCCCUCUCAACGAUGUCGAGUGCUUUACCAAGAGCACCAUUGUGAUCCCAGAAACUGUUCAGAACUUAAGUAAGAAGAAAGACAUGAUGAAACUGGCACAAGACCAAUUCAUCCCUCUAUGCAAAUCUUGGAAUUACGAAGACUGGGACGAGUACGACUACAGCCGCAUCAAGAACCUCCAGUUCCGCGAGACACAGGAUGCGCGACGCAAACGGGGCCAGAAUGCUGUCAACAAAGAGUGUCUGCAGUGCCCGAACUUCCUGAAACAUUUCUCGAUGGAACAUGACCAAUGGGUCAUUAAAGAGAACAUCCUUGCUAUUCGCCAACUCAUGUCCGAUCAGAACCUCCAGUUACUCCCCGACUAUGAGCAGAGGAUACAGGUGCUUCGGGAGCUCGGUUUCAUUGAUGAAGGAUCGCGAGUUGAGCUGAAGGGCAAGGUGGCGUGCGAGAUCCACUCCGCCGACGAACUAGUUCUCACUGAGCUGGUCCUCGAAAACGUCCUCGCCGAAUACGAGCCCGAAGAAAUCGUCGCGCUCCUCUCCGCAUUCGUUUUCCAAGAAAAGACCGACACCGAGCCCGUUCUAGCCGCAUCGCUCGAACGCGGCGUAGCCAAGAUCGUUGAGAUCUCCGAAAAAGUCAACAAAGUGCAAACCGAAUACCAGGUCAUCCUGUCCGCUGACGACUCCAACGACUUCGUAUCGAAGCCACGCUUCGGCAUGGUCGAGGUGGUUUACGAGUGGGCCCGCGGCAUGUCGUUCAACCGCAUUACAGACCUGACGGAUGUCAUGGAGGGCACUAUCGUGCGGGUGAUUACGCGUCUGGAUGAGACGUGUCGCGAGGUUAAGAACGCUGCUCGAAUCAUAGGCGACCCGACGCUGUUCCAGAAAAUGGGUACUUGCCAGGAACUCAUCAAACGGUACGUUUUGUUCCCAGUGCUUUGUGUGAACAUGGGAAUCCGUGUAUGGUGA